AAUAAAAAUCAAAACUGUAGAACUUGUACGGGAAAUUCUCUGUGCCCCCAAGCAGGCUGGCUGAACAAUUAAAGUAAAAUUUGUUCCCUUCCCAGUUGCCAGCAUGACGGAGCAGAACUUGAAUACUACGCCCCAGCCGGAGGACCCCGGACAGGAGCAGCAACUGUUUUCCUGGCAUCAGAGGCUGCUGCCUGUUGGCGGCGCCCCACCGCCAGCGCAGAAAUUGUACCAGUUUUCGGGUCUGCGGAUGCAGCUUUCGCCAAAGCUGAAAAAUCGUCGCCGAGUCGAGAAGAAGCUGAAGAAAAAGAAGCGAUCGCUGAAGCGCUUCAUGCUGAAAGUGCGCCGCAACCUGAAGAAAGGCAUGCCAAAAAGGCGCCUGAAUGGAGGGUUACCUUUGAAUUAGUUUAGUUAGCUAGUCUCCACAAGUUAUUUGGCCUUUAUGUGUGUGUGUGUGUAUGUGUGUGUGGUUCUAUUCAAAAUUGUUUGUGUUCGGUCGGGUCCUGCAUGCGCAUCAAAAUGUAUUGGCAGCAGAGACCAAAAAUAAAGUGCACAUGGCUCGCCGCCUAUUGAUAAAAGAUAAAAAUAAAGAGCAACGGAGC